ACCAUGGAAGUUUCUCACUCAGUCAUUCCCAAUCCCAGACAUGCUCUCGCUGUCACUGAGGCAAAUAUUGCGGCCCCUAUGCCUCCGGGCAUCAGGAUGUGCUUGGAUAGAGGGGAAGCUGUCGGUGGAGUUGCCCAGGCGAGGGCUCUCCAGCGGGGGACAGUGGACGGGACAGGACAGUCUGGCCCAGGAUGACCCAGAGAUGUGGAGCCUCCUAACCCAGGAGAAGGACCGGCAGUGUCGAGGCCUGGAGCUCAUUGCAUCAGAGAACUUCUGCAGCCGUGCUGCUCUGGAGGCCCAGGGAUCCUGUCUGAACAACAAGUAUUCAGAGGGCUAUCCUGGACAGAGGUACUACGGCGGGGCUGAGGUGGUGGACCAGAUAGAGCUGCUGUGCCAGCGCAGAGCCCUGGAGGCCUUCGGUCUGGACCCGGCCCAGUGGGGGGUCAACGUCCAGCCCUACUCCGGCUCGCCCGCUAACUUCGCGGCGUACACGGCGGUGCUGCAGCCGCACGACCGCAUCAUGGGCCUGGACCUGCCCGACGGAGGCCACCUCACCCAUGGCUACAUGACCGACACCAAGAGGAUCUCAGCCACCUCCAUCUACUUUGAGUCCAUGCCCUACAAGCUGAACCCAGAAAUGGGGACGAUAGAUUACGACCAGCUGGAGAAGACGGCGCGUCUCUUCAGACCCAGGCUCAUCAUCGCCGGCACCAGUGCCUACGCACGGCUCAUUGACUACCCCCGCAUGAAGAAGCUCUGCGGGGAGCUGAACGCCUACCUCCUGGCUGACAUGGCUCACAUCAGCGGGCUGGUGGCGGCCGGGGCGGUGCCCUCCCCCUUCCAGCACGCCGACCUGGUCACCUCCACCACACACAAGUCCCUGCGUGGCUCCAGGGCAGGGCUUAUCUUCUACAGGAAGGGGGUGCGCUCCGUAGAUAAGAAAGGCCGGGAGGUGACCUAUGACCUGGAGAACAAGGUCAACUUCGCCGUCUUCCCGUCCCUACAAGGGGGUCCUCACAACCACGCUAUUGCCGGAGUUGCAGUCGCCCUGAGACAGGCCACCAGCCCCAUGUUCAAGGAGUACAUCGCCCAGGUGUUGCUGAACUCUAAAGCCAUGGCAGAUGCCCUGCUGAAACGAGGCUUCACCCUCGUCUCAGGGGGAACCGACAACCACCUGGUCCUGGUUGACCUUCGACCCCGGGGCAUGGACGGGGCCCGGGCCGAGAGGGUUCUGGAGCUGGCGUCCAUCACGGCCAACAAGAACACCUGCCCAGGGGACCGGAGCGCCCUGACGCCUGGCGGCCUGCGCCUAGGGACACCUGCGUUGACCUCAAGACAAUUUAAGGAGGCAGAUUUUGUGAAAGUUGUGGCGUUUAUGGACGAGGGAAUCCAAAUCGCUCUGGAUGUAAAGAAGAAGAGUGGCAACCUGGCCAGCUUCAAAGCCUUCUUGCUGGAGGACACUGAAACGGUCUCACGCAUUUCGGACCUCCGCCAGCGGGUGGAGACAUUCGCCAGGCCCUUCCCCAUGCCUGGCUUCACUGACCACUGAAGAAAACAAGGGUGGGCUCCGCUGGGCUCCCAUGCACCCAUGUUCCAGAUCGUUCUCUAGUAAAUCUACACGGCUACCCAAUGAGCCAUCCCCCACUAUACAGUCAGAGCUCUUACAGUCCAGUAUAGUUGUUAUCAAUUACAAAAAUAAUAAUUCGAAUACGAAUAAACCAAAUUAUAAUAAUAAUUAUGAAUAAGCUUUAUUAAAAUAUCUUUGUUUACCUUGGAUUUUGGAGGAUAGUAAUUGCUGUGUAUAGCAAGCCUUGUUUGCUGAAUUGCUAAUUUACCAGUUCAAUGAGAGCUUUGUUUGUGUCUCACUACAGAAUCACACACGUUUCAAAUCCAACAAUGUCUCCUCCCCAUAUUAUUUAUUUUCCAGAUUACUUACUUAACAAUGACUAUUAAAAAGUAUUACUACAACCACAACAAAAUAACUCACGUAACUUCAACACAACUGGACCCCGAAAGCAAACAGCAGCUCCCCUAUUUCCCCUUUUACCCCCUUUUUAAUUGAUUUUCCAUUCAGUACAGCUGUCCCUGGACACCAGCCAACAGGGACUCUGAGGGGAUUAAGUUAAGGGGUCCUCUAGUGUCCACGUUUAUACGGAGGGCCCUUGAUGUCAGCCUGUGGUUUGGCCCCCUGGGAGACCUCCAUGUGGUGGUCUGGCCCACAGUCCCUACCUGGACAAAACAUAGCAAGUGCAACAUUUAAGUAAAAAUACAUUUUUAAAAUAACGUGUUUGAUAUUGUGAUUAACGUUUGAUUUCCAUUUGAUUUCGUUUAGUGAUGACCAAUGAGUAAGGAUGAAUAUAAAAUGUCAAGAUGAAUUUGUAUAGAAGCAUGAUCAGUUUCACAGUGAAUACAACUUUUAAUUAAAAGCACCUAUCAUUAUAGUAUUCUCUCAAAUGAAUGAUAAAGGUUUUAUCUAAAUAAUAGUUAUCUGUCUAUUCUCCUGUUUGUGUGGUCGGUUGACCUGGUUGAGCUACAGCACAGAAGAAAUGAGGAAGGGAAGGGACUGUUCAAACAGACGUGUGCUAAACGGCGGGCAUUUCCUGUAACUUCUUCAUCUCAUUCUGAACUCUACAAGCUUGUCAUAUCAUCAAAAUUAUCUCGAGCAAACUGACGGCUAAUUCUGUUAGCUCCUCAUCGUUUUGAAAUGAUCAGGUUCUUAGUAUGUUAAGAGUCAAGCUUGUCAUGUUUCAUAUUGAAGACAUGUUUAAUACAGACUUAUCAAAUAUAUUCAGUAUUUCAUGUUUUAUGUAACAGGACAGAUGCUGUGAUCAGCUCAAACUGAAAACGUUCCAUUCAAGGUCUAUACGGACGCAUAACUCAAUGCAUGUGCGUGUGUUGGUUGACAUAAUCCUAGUCUAUUUAUUGGUUGGAACCAUAAUUGUCCCUUCUGUGAGAGCCAAACAGUAUUAAAGAUCAAAAGUCAAGGAGGCCUGCAGAUACUGUGUUGGGAAACACACACACACACACACACACACACACACACACACACACACACACACACACACACACACACACACACACACACACACACACACACACACACACACACACACACACACACACACACAGAUAGGUCACAGGAGUUGUCAGGUCGUGAGAAACCAGGGUGAUACAGCAGAAGAACAUUUAUUUAUCUUUUUGUGUGUGUUUGUGUGUGUGUGUGUCUGUGUGUCUGCAUGUUUGUGUGUUAAAUUCGGCGCUUUAAGACCCCACUAGGGAAGUCAUUCAAUCUGUGUGUUUGUGCGGUUUCCCAUAACAAACCAUGUGGCGUUCAAAAGCACUUCCAGUGCUUGAUGUUCGCUUCUCUUUGUACUCUCCUCCGUUUCCGAAUACAGCGGACAAUGAGAGCUGUUGUGCAUCACAGCUCAGUCAAACCAAAAGUUCAUAGGAAAGUGCUCAGAGAUAAAAGACCAAUGAGGAAGAAGAACGGACAGACUAAUCAUUUGUUGAAUAUGUUUGAUAAGAAAAACAAUGAAUGAAGA